AUGUCGAAACAGCAAAUUUCAGGGCUCAACCGUUUUUCAUUAGCAUCAAGGACGAGAGCCAAGUCAUGUACUACCUGUCGAGAAAAGAAACGAAAGUGUACGAGAGAAUAUCCUUCUUGUGCUUCUUGUAGUUCCCUUGGACUGCAUUGCUCAUAUCAGUCAAAUGGUGAUAAAUCUCCACAUACGUUAAACCAACGAGAGCAGGCACAGAUAUUGAUUGAUAUAUCCUCAUGUUCCAAUUCGCGUACUGAUCAGGGGUACCUGAGCAUCCCUGCUAGAGACUUGUCAAACUCGAGGCCAAGUGCUUCACCACAGUCAGAAACUACAAUCCAAAACAACAGGUCACAAUCUUCACAAUACCAACCAUCACAGAGAUAUUCUUUAACGUCGGUCUCGCAAGGUUCGUUCUUGUCUGAUUCGACAGGUUCAUCUAAUGUAGUCUCAGGCACCUCGGCUCCUUUGACUUCCUCAGACGGUAAAGCCAAUAAAAGGGCUGCGGAGGAUCAGAAUAUGACAAAUGCUGACCUGGAGCAGAUAAGGCAUUCCCAGACAUCUUCAACGAAUGGUUCGAAGCGUCGAUUAGUAAGUACAAAAGAGCGUGGGGAGUUUCUGAUAAGGGAAAAGCCAUCAAGUAGCUAUCUAUCGGAACUCGCGGCGAGAGCAUCUAAGUUAAAAUCUGAUACACCACUCAAUCAGGAAACGGGUCUGUUAUCUCACAGUGAUUCUAUCCUGAGAGCGUGCUGGCCAGCUCAGAUGCAAAAAAACGACCACGAAAGCGCCGGCAUUAAUCCAUCUCUGAGAAGCGGACCUUUAUUCACGAACAUGUUUAACCCAUUGUUGUGUAACUCCGGCACUUCUCUUGAGAGUGAUAUGGAGUCGCUUUACUCGUAUGUUCCAUCAAAAAAGAUUUCCGACGUAUUGUUUGACAGAUAUUGGAUUUCAAUUCACCCAAUUAUACCAAUAUUGGAUUCACAAGCAAUUCAUCCCCAAUAUGAAUUUUUUUGGAAUGAUAAGAGCAGUGCAUCUUUACCUUUUUAUAUCAUACUAUUUUCAAUUCUCUAUGCUGCUUCUGUUUCGGAAUACGAGGAGAUUAAUAUUAGGAAUCCAAAAAUAGAUCUGCUGGAGUACGUUAAGAGGAUGAAAUAUUAUAUGGGUGCAGCUGAAAUUGCAUUGGCAAUGUACGGCUUUCCUUGGAAGCUCACAGUAGUAGGACUACAAGCUUCUGUAAUUCUCCACUCCGUGCUAAGAAAUGAUUGUCGAACGGAUGACUGUGGUUCUGUGGGCUCUUUAGUGCGAUCAGCACAAUUACUUGAGCUACAUAGAGACCCGUUAAAUUAUCAUAACAUUGAGGAUCUGAAUAUAGUUCAGAGUCGACGAAUUCUCUGGUGGCAAAUUUUUUACUUGGAUUGUACUACGUCUUUGUCUUCCCAUCUACCACCAAUCAUAGUAGAAGGAGAAUAUGAUACUAUGCUUCCCUCAAAAUUCACAAGGGACCACAAAGAUGAGUACAAGUUAGAUCAAGCUAUCGCAUAUGCCAAUGGAAGAUACAAGUGGGUUGAGUGUAGCAACAAGAUACUUAGAAAUGCCUUCAUGUUGAAAUAUCCAGACGCACAAACCAUAAGAGUGCUUGUCGAUGAGAUCAACAAUUUAUCAUUUCACUGCUCUGCUUUGAUCCAAAAUGUUUUAGAUCCAGCAAAUAUUGCCCCAUCGCAAGAUCACUUCGUCAGUUUCAGUUCUUCCAUGUUGUCAACCUUUCCAGAUAGAUGCUACACUUUACUUCACUUAGUGCUAGGAAUGGCACAUAAUAUAAAUGAUACCCUGGGAAAACUGAAAUAUAACCCAGAUGGAGGCGAUUUAUAUCGCGCUCCCCAGUCUUCAUCGGUAUCUGAUGUCGAAAUUUCCUCUUUAGACCAAAUGUUGAUAGCAAAAGAGAUUCAUUUUCUUCAAGAGUUUUGCAAUUACGGUUCCAUGCCGAAGAACGUUAUAUUUUUGUGGGAUAUUAGGAAAUUUCAGCCGAUCCAGGCCCUUUUAUUUUUACUCAGAAGUCUUAUCUUACAAGUGAGGAAAUUUCAAGAUUCAUCAUUUUUAAAUCAAAGAGCGCUUUGGAAGGAUGAGAAAGUCUCUGUAAUUGCGAACUCUAUUGAGACCUUGGAAUAUCUAUCUGAGAACACUACUACCCUUUGUAAGGAGCGCUGGAAGCUUUUGAAAGACUUGAAAAAUGUUACUUGGAAUCAUUUAUUCUCCCAAAGCUUACUGGACGUCACAUCCCACAUUUCUCCGGCAUCACUGAUUUCAGAUAAUUUAUUCAGUGAAAAUUCGGAGGUAACGGGAGGCGAUAUAUCUGAAAUACGUGCUAAUGAAGACUGGAAGGGAAUCUUACUGGAUUUGACCCUAGUUGAACAAAUUAUCAAUGAUAAUAUUUUUGCAAGACAAUGGGACCCAGCUUCGGGUCACUUUCUUACCUAG